GCAAAGGCCAGUCGCCCAUUCGCGAGGGGAGGAGGAAAUUGUACAACAAGAGAGAGCAGCUUGUCGCGAGGGGAGGAGGAAAGGUGUUGAGCUUGGACGACACAUUCCGCUGCUGUGCUCUGGUGAGCUGAGGAAUGGGAGCGGAGAGGCAGGGCGCCGGCGGCGUGGCCGGGCGCGCGCCGGCGCGGGAGAAGUCCACCUUCGCCGUCACGUGCAGCCUGCUGAGCCAGUACCUCAAGGAGAAGAAGGGCGGCCUGGAGGGCCUCGGUGGCCUCGGCAUGUCGCCGCCGCCGCCGCCGCCCGCACCAGCUGGAGCUUUCCGGCCGCCGACCACCAUGAACUUGCUGUCCGCGCUCGACGCGCCGGCGGCCGAGGAGCCAAACGACGCGGCGAAGGCCACACCCGAGGAGGCGGAUGGGCACGAUCAACAGACCGCCGAAAAUCCGAGUUCUUGCAGGGAGGCAGCAGCCGGGGAGGACGAGGCGCAGCCGCUGACCAUCUUCUACGGAAGGAAAGUGGUCGUCUUUGACAAGUUCCCGCCCGCCAAGAUCAAGGACUUGCUGCAGAUCGCGAACGCUGGCGGCUACGGCGUCGACAGGGCCGGCGCCAGUGCCGCGCCACCGUCCUCACAAAACAGCCUCUCAGCAGACAUGCCGAUUGCGAGGCGGAAUUCGCUCCACAGGUUUCUCGAGAAGAGGAAGGGCAGGAUAACUGCGAAGGCGCCAUACCAAUCCAGCAGCCCUGCUGGCGCCGACGCGUCGAAGCAGGCGACUGGGGACAAGAACUCCUGGCUGGGGCUGGGCCAAGAAGUGACGGUCGUCAAGCAGGAGAUCUGAGCUUGGGUUUGGAAACAAAGCAUGUCAAUCAGUAGAGACUGCCAGAUUCAAGGACGGUGCUCGCCGUGCCGUAGCUUCAGGUUAAGGGAAAGAAUAAUUUUACCGUCGGUUACUGCUAGUGAAGUUAGGGAUAUUGUUCAGCUGGCGGCGACCCCCUACCUGGCCGCCGGCAUACGUAGAGGCAUAGGGCAACUGGGCAAGCCGUUCGUUUGCGAGAUUGUUUGCUGCUGGAGGUGCACGUGCUCACGGCAGUUUCGCUGUUUCGGUCUGCGACCGCGUUACUAUGUUGCAACGGAUGGUUUGCCUUUGCCUCGCUCGAUGUGUGUAUGCUUUUGCUAUGGAACGUUCAGCAGUGCACGUUCCUUACCAUUUUCUCAACAAUUCGUUGUGCUCUCUUGCGCCGGAUCCUUCGUCGCAGAGGAGGCUUGUAUGUUCAGUUGAAGGUAUUUGGUCUAUUUAAUUUUAUGAACAUUUAUACGUGUAA